GCCUUGCAAAACGCACGCUCUGAAUAAUACCAAACUAGUUCUGAUGAAAAUAGUCCGGUGAGCUUUCUUGGAAACGAGAUGAAUGAAGAAACGGGUUUGCUUCAUGGACAGGGCGGCACCGUCGCGAGGAAUCGUUGCAGACCAUCGCAGAAACUCUGCUAUGGUCUAGGUCACGUAUAUAAUGAUCUCUGCGCCUCCGUGUGGUUCUCCUACACGCUCUUCUAUUUCCAAAUCGUGCUUCAGAUGGACUCCACUACAGCCGGAACCCUCAUUAUGAUAGGGCAAGUCGCAGACUCUCUGGCGACACCAGUUGCUGGUUGGGCGGUGGACUCGCUUGGGGCCCCUCGGGCGUGGCACAUGACAGGCACAGUUCUUGUGACAGUGGGUUUCACUUUGAUAUUCGCCCUGGAAGCUAAGCCCUUCGUAUUUUACGCGUCUCUAAUCAUCAUCUUCCAGAUCGGAUGGGCCUUGGUACAAAUUGCCCACUUGACUAUCAUAACUAUAAUCGCCGAGUCCAACAAACACAGUUCCGACCUAACAGCAAUCAGAUACACAGCUACUGUCUGCUGCAACGUCUUCGUCUACCUCCUAACAUGGGAGAUCCUGAAGAACGCCCCGGAAGGAAAAGCUAUCGGACCAUACGACUUCAAUAGAUUCAAAGAAAUCAUCCUGAUUACAACUGCAAUCGGAGUUAUUUCCUCGAUGUUUUUUUACUGCGGUAUUGAUGUCCGAAGACCUCGCAAUGAGAAUAAUACUAUUGAAACACGUAACUUUUUGAAAACCCUCGUCAUAUACCAGGUUUCCGUAAUGUACAUGUCUGCAAGAUUGUACUCGAUUUUGAAUUUAAUUUACAUUCCGUUAUAUUUGAACGAAAGGAUUACCAAAUAUAAUCAAGAAUCCGACUCCAUACGUAGCUCCGUUGCUAUAAUCCCCUUAAUUUGCUUUUUGACUUCUUUCAUCACAUCAAUCAUUUUAAAGUACCGACCUAACGUGUUAUCAGAUAAAAUGAUCUAUCUGCUGGGCAUUGUGGUUGCUUUAAUAGCUUGUUUGUGGAUAGCGUUCGGAGUAUCGGCUUCCAAUGCGCCGAUUUACGCAAUAGCAUGUCUAAUUGGUAUUGGAAGUUCUUUUACACUAAUAGCUAGUUUGUGUUUAACAGCUAAAAUCGUUAGCACAAACGGUUUUAAAGGAGGAUCAGUGUACAGCACGGUUACUUUCACGGAUAAAUUAGUGACAGGCCUACUGGUUUUCUUAAUACAGAACUUGUAA